AUGAAUAGGGUGGAAGUUAAGUUUGAAAAGAAUGAUAAGAAAAGGGUUAAGGCAAUUUGUAAGGAAGAGAACUGUCCUUGGGAAAUGUGGGCAUCCCCCGCUGAUUGUAAGGUAGAACAAGACACAACUUGGCAAAUCAAGACUUUGAAAUAUGAGCAUAAUUGUGGGAAAAAGACCGAGAAUAAAAGCUUCUCUGCAAAAUGGCUGGCAGAACAUUAUUUAGACAAUUUUAAAGCUGAUCCAAACUGGGCACCAUGUGCAUUACAAGCUCAAGGACUUGUACCAGCUCUUGCAGAGAAGUUUCCAAACUCAGAACAUAGGUUUUGUGUAAGGCAUCUCUACAACAAUUUCAAAACAAAUCACAAGGGUACAACUUUGAAGGAACUUUUAUGGAAAGCUGCAAGGUCCACAUAUGAGCAAGAGUUCAAGCAAGCAAUGUUUGAAAUGAGAUGUCGGUCACCAGAGGCAGCUGAUUGGUUAGCAGAAAGGCAUCCCAAACAUUGGUCAAGGGCUUAUUUCCAGACAUGGACCAACAUUGACAUGUUGGUCAACAACUUGAGUGAGUCCUUUAAUAGUUUUAUUUUGGAUGCAAGGGACAAACCUAUACUAACUCUAAUUGAAACAAUUCAAACCAAAUUGAUGAAGAGAAUAGCAAAGAGAAUAGAUGAGGCAAAGAAAUGGCCUAGACCUUUUUGCCCUAAAAUAAUGAAAAAAAUUGAAAAGUUGAAGGAACAUUCAGCCAAGUGUUUUCCAGAACCAGCUGGUGCAUCCAAGUUUCAAGUUGAGUGUCAUAGAAAUCAAUAUAUUGUGGAACUUCGAAGGAGGACAUGUACUUGUAGAAAAUGGGACCUUAGUGGCAUCCCUUGUAUGCAUGCAGUGGCUGCCAUCUUAUAUAAUAAUGAAAAUGUUUACGAUCAUGUUCACCCCUGCUAUAAAGUUGAAACCUUCAUCAACAUCUACAGCAACUUCAUAACUCCCAUUAGAGGUGCUCCCCAGUGGGAAAAAAGUGAUAUGCCACCUGUACAACCACCAAUUAUAAGAAGAGCAGCUGGAAGGCCAAAGAAAGCAAGGAGAAAAGCUGCAGAUGAAAUGGAAAAGCAAUCUGGAAAAAUGGGAAGGAAAGGGGUUAAAAUGAGAUGUACUUUAUGUGGCAACAUUGGCCAUAACAAGAGGAGUUGUAGACCUCAACCCAAGGACCAAAGGAAUCUCAAUGUUGGAUAUGAGCAACCUAAGAGGGGCAAGUUACCAGUUAAGAAGGCAGCUGUCAUAAAUGAAGCACUGGUUCCUAACUUAAGUGAUCAGAACAAUUCUCAGAGUCAAGUGACCACUAGAUGGUUUGCCAAUGGGUCUAGUCAAAUAGUGUAUAUGUCACCAAAUGCUGCUCCUGUCAUUGUUAAUCAUCCACCAACUCAAGCUUAUGCAACUUCAUUUGAAGCUCCUUCAAAUUUAUUUCAUUCUUAUGCUUCAUGCCAACCUUCAGCUGAUGCUUCAUCUCAAGCAAUGUCAACAAUAUCACAAGUAGAACCAAAGAAAAGAAAAUACAAAUAAGUGAAUUUCGUUAAGCUUUUCUUUUCUUUUUUCUUUUUUUUUUCUCUCUCUUUUUGGAUUUGGAUGGAUUCCUAGAGGUACAAACUUUAGAAUUUAAAUACUUAUUCAAGAAAUUUUAUAUUUUUUU